UGUGUGAGCUCAUGUGAGUGUAUGAACAGGGGAUGAUAAACCCUCUGGAGGAGGACGGCUGAUUAGUAAGAAUAGCUCAAAAAUGGAACCACGGCAGGAUGGGAAGAAAAGGACAUGAACCAUUGCUCUCCCUGCUUUGGAUUUUAUAGAAAAACAGAGCUUGGUAGAUUUAUAAUUUUGACGACUGAGAAGAACCCCUGACAUCUUUUUGUCGCCAAGUUUAAAUAGAAAGAGGGGAACUAGAGACCAUCUGAGGAUCAGAAUUUGCCCUUUGGAGCUCAAUUCCUCACUGGGUUUUACAAACGGGAACAAAGGUUAAGGAAAGGUUGGCAAAGGAAUGAAGAAACGAAGAUGGUAUUUCUGUUCUAUUUGAGCGGCUGAGACUCUUUUACCUCAGGUGGAUCCUCAGCUCUCUGCUCACUACUAAAGAUCAGCAGGGUUACUUUCUGAGGGUGGCUGCGCUGAUUAAACUAUAGCCAUGCUGUGUGGUCUGAGGAGAGACACCAAGAACAGCAUUGAUGAAGGACCAUACUCAAAGGGGAGCAAGGAGUACGGGGCAUCUGACCAAUCACAUUCGUCCUGCAGGCGCAGCUUCUCAGCAGAGGAGUACCGAGGAGUGACCACGGUAGACCUGAUGAAAAGGGAAGGCAGCAGCCUUGGCCUCACCAUCUCCGGAGGCUCUGAUAAGGAUGGCAAGCCCAGAGUGUCAAACCUACGGCCAGGUGGGCUAGCUGCCAGGAGUGACCAGCUGAAUGUAGGAGACUACAUCAAGUCAGUGAAUGGCAUCAACCUGUCAAAGCUUCGCCACGAUGAGAUCAUCAGCCUGCUGAAGAACAUCGGGGAGCGAGUUGUGCUGGAGGUGGAGUACGAGCUGCCUCAAUUCGUCCAGAACCCCUCAGGAGUCUUAACCAAAACCAUGGAGGUGUGUUUACACAAGGAGGGAAACAGCUUUGGGUUUGUAAUGAGAGGAGGCUUCCACGAGGACUGGCGCAGGUCUCGUCCUCUGGUGGUUACAUAUAUCAGGCCCGGGGGUCCCGCUGACAGAGAGGGGACUUUGAAGGCCGGAGACCGAGUAUUGAGCGUAGACGGGAUGCCUUUAAACCGAGAGAAGCACGCUGACGCUUUGACCAUGCUGAUGCAGAGCGGCCAGGAAGCUCUCUUCCUGAUUGAGUAUGACGUCUCCGUCAUGGAGGCAGUGCAGCAAGCCUCGGGCCCUCUGCUGGUGGAGAUAGUGAAAGGUCCCUCCGCCAGCCUCGGGAUCAGCCUUACUACAACAAUAUACAGGAGCAAACAAGUUAUUAUUAUUGACAAGAUAAAGGCAGCCAGCGUGGUGGAAAGAUGUGGAGCACUGCAUGCAGGUGACAUCCUUCUGUCUAUAGAUGGGACCAGCACAGAGCACUGCUCUUUGAUGGAGGCCACGCAGCUACUUGCUAACACUUGUGAUGUUGUGAAACUGGAGAUUCUCCCAGCCAGUCAGAGCAGACUUCCUGUCAGGCCGCAAGACACAGUUAAAGUGCAGAAGAGCAACCAUCAUCACUGGGACCAAAGCAGCAACUACUGCCAUCCCCCACAUGCCAGCCACGGCAAGACAUGGAGCAGCCCAAGCCACCCACACAACCAGCAGGACCACUGCAAAUCUCUGGUGAGCGGUGGCUUCUCCCCUUCCUCCACAGCCACCUCAGGCUUUAGCAGCCAGGGUAGCAACACGCUGCCCUGUCCCAUCCCUCCGAUAGCACCCACCAGCCCCCGCAGCUUGACAGGCAAGAGGAGGAACAGGAAGAAGGACCAUAAGAGCUCACUUUCUCUGGCGUCCAGUUCUGUCGGCCCAGGGGGGCAGGUUUUUCAUGUGGAAACAAGCGAGGUCAUCCUGAGGGGGGAUCCACUCACAGGUUUUGGGAUCCAGCUGCAGGGGGGUGUCUUUGCCACAGAAACCCUGUCUGCUCCCCCAGUCAUCCGCUUUAUUGAGCCCGACAGCCCAGCUGAGAGGUGUGGGCUGCUGCAGGUUGGGGACAGACUGUUGUCCAUUAAUGGGAUCCCGACUGAAGAUGGCACUUUGGAGGAAGCCCAUCAGCUGCUCAGAGACUCUGCUCUGGCCAACAAGGUCACAGUGGAGAUUGAGUUUGACGUUGCAGAGUCAGUGGUUCCCAGCAGUGGCACCUUCCACGUUAAACUACCCAAGAGGAGAGGAGUGGAGCUGGGCAUCACCAUCAGUGCAAGUAAGAAACCUGGCAAGCCCCUCAUCAUCUCUGACAUCAGAAAAGGAAGCAUAGCACACAGAACAGGCACUCUGGAGCCUGGAGACCGGCUACUGGCCAUCGACAGUGUGCGUCUGGAGAACUGCACCAUGGAGGACGCCAUGCAUGUCCUGCAGCAGGCCGAGGACAUGGUCAAACUCCGAAUCCAGAAAGAUGAGGACAACAUUGAUGAGUUGGAGAUGUCAGGCUCUAUAAUCUACACAGUUGAGCUGAAGCGAUAUAACGGACCACUGGGCAUCACGAUCUCUGGCACAGAGGAGCCCUUUGACCCCAUCGUCAUUUCUGGCCUCACUAAGAAAGGCCUGGCAGAGAGGACCGGGGCCAUUCAUAUAGGGGACCGUGUCCUGGCCAUCAACGGAGUCAGUCUGAAAGGAAAGCCACUGAGCGAGGCCAUCCAUCUUCUGCAGAUGGCCGGGGAGUCCGUCACCCUCAAGAUAAAAAAAAAAGGCUGACCGUAUUUAGAAUCUGAUGGCCGACGUCCUCUGGACAGAGAAGCUGGGUUUUUAAGUGACACAGAGGAUGACCUGACAGACUCCCAGAAGACCAGUAAACACUCCGAGGUCUACUCAGCCACUCUGCCCAGUAUAGACUCUGCAAUGAGCUCCUGGGAUAGCUCAGGGUUUGACGCAGGCUACGGUAGCCAAGGGACAUAUCUUCACAAAGCAUCCGAUAUAUUGCUCAAUCCAAAUGAGUGGCGACGCACAAAGCACAGGAGCCAAACCAGUUCCAGCUCUGCAGGCCUAGUCCACCACGCAGCGCUGUAUGAUGGGAGGUUCACUGAGGAUGAGUGGGACAAGAUGCCUGGAUUCAUCAGCCCCCCUCGUUGCCAUGGCACCCUGAACCAGGAAAACAGCCUCUGGUCCCAGGCUCUGCAGGACCUCGAGACCUGUGGCCAGUCAGAGAUUCUCAGGGAGCUGGAGGCAUCCAUGACAGGUAGCGCUCUCAGUCUGUACCUAGAGGAAACCAAGACCAACGACAACUCAAUGUUUCAUUCUGAAAUUAGUCCCAUUAAGAGGGAGGGGAUGCACGGCGAGCCUAGGAACAAAAGCAACCUGAACAUGUCGACUGGAGCCAGAGAUGUACCAUCCCGGGGGAGAGGAGACCCCUCUGAUAUUUUGUCCCCUAUCACUCUGGCACUGCACAAGGUGACUGUGAGGAAGGACCUUGAGAGCCAUGACUUUGGUUUCAGUGUAUCCGACGGGCUCCUGGAGAAAGGGGUUUAUGUCAACAUGAUCCGCCCCGAUGGCCCUGCUGACCAGGCAGGGUUAAAACCUUUCGACCGCAUUCUUCAGGUGAACCGUGUGAGGACCAGGGACUUGGACUGUUGUCUAACUGUGCCCCUAAUUAUCGAGGCUGGAGACAGCCUGGACUUGGUCAUUAGUAGGAAUCCACUGGCAGACACUGGGCUGCCCGACGACUGUGACGACCCCUCAAACUCACUGUUCUGCUUUCCCGAGCACAGGACCAACAGCAUCGCUCUGUGACCACAAAGAUAGACUAGCUUUUUGAAACACUGGGACCACAUGUAUGUUGCGCACGGUUACGUUUGUCACAUAGUACCUCUCAGACAGACCUUCGCACUCACGCAUAACAUCCUCACAGGAACAGCCACUUUCAUCGCACAAAGUGCACGUGUUCACUACUGCCGGUUUUAGUCACUGUGUUCACAUGAUGCAGUUCAGAGGAGGCUCUGGCUUCAGGGCAAUCCCCUCCCCUUUCCUCUCCAGAGGCAAAGCCACAUGCCGAGUUAUAUAACAGGGGGAGUCAUAGCUUCUGACUGAGCCAGGAUGUCAACACACGCCUCAGCUCUGGAGAGAGUCAAAUGCUGCACAUACACGCACUGGUACAUUUCCCAUCUUUGCUCUAAUGAGCUUCAUGUUACAAGUGAAAGCACAUUUUCCACAAUCUUUCUUUUCUUUUUUACAUGCAUAUAAAACACAAACACAUACACUGACAAGCAGGGUGUCAGUGGACUCAAAGUCCAAAGGCACAUUGUGUUUAUUUGAGUUAUUUCAGCUACGACUUGGCUCACUGCCCUCGUUUCCAGUCUCUCCUUCUCACUGCCCGCCCUAGAGAAUGGACAGUGCCUCCAAAUAGACAGAAUGCUCUCUAAUACUUUCCAUGUAUCAUUGGCUGGAUUUGAAUGCCCCUUACAUCUUGAUACCAGGAAUUCUUGUGAAGACACACUAUCCUUUCUGAAUGGUUCCAGAGAGACUCCAGUUUUCAGAGAUAUGUAAUGUUGCAAUGUUUUUUUUUUUUUUUGUCACUGUCUUGACGACUCAGCCACAUGUUUACAAAUAUAUUUUUAGUUUCACACUCUGCACACAUUUUUUUUCUAACACUGCAUUUGCACAUAACGCACAUUUUAUGAUCUAUUUGUUAAAAAUGCCGUUUCACUUUUUUCCCCUUUCACUGAAUCUGUGUCUCUGUAUGUGGCAUUACACCAGAAUGACUUAUGGGUUGGUUUGUGGUCCAUCACUGAUACUUCCUUAAAGCAACACUAUGUAACUUACCCUCUUCGGUCCCUCUUCGGUCUCAUUGGAACUACA